AUGCUGCCGACGCGGUCACCAUCCCUGCCACAAGAGGGUGCAUGGGGCAGUGGAAGUUGGAGCUCUGCUGCUGCUGCUGCUGCCAGUACUGCCGCAGCACUCUCAACACCACCACCACCGAGCAGCUGGCGAACACGGGUUGUGCAGAUUGGCUGGUUGCUCUUCACCGUCGUGGCGUUCUUUCUCUUUGUGGUUGGCCUGAGCCGCAACAGCCGCGCCGUCGUGCGCGUGGAUGGCUGGGACGAGGUGUUCGCGGUGGUCGGCGCGUACUGGUUCUUCCCCGCCGCAACCGCCGCGUACCACCUCGCCGCCCGCAUGCCGUUCAUCACGCGGGCACUCGAGGCGAAGCUGUGGUUCUACGCACUGCAGGUGCUGCUUCUCCUGACGUACGUCGCGCAGCAGGGCGUCUUUAUAGCCUAUCUCGUACGCUACGUCGGCCGACACUGCUGGCUCUUCAUGAUCCCCGACGUUGCGGUGGCGGCGAUGAUGCUCGCAUCGCAACGCGUGCGGUUCGCGUGGCAGUGGCCGACGCUUUACGUGCUGGCGCAGGCGGGGAAGCUGGCCGCGUUUUGGUCGGAAAUGGACCGCAACUUCGAGGCGACAACGCCGAUGGGCGCCGACGGCCUGCUGGGGAUGCUGGUGCUGACGAUCCCGGUGGUGCAGUUCCCGGUGCUCAUCUCACGCCUCCGCGCGGGGACGUCGCUGACGAAGGCGUACACCACCAACAUGGCUGCGGUGUUCGCCCACGUGCUUCACUUCAUGGAUGUGCUAGAGCUCUAUUUCAGCGGGCGCGAGAUGCGCAACUUCCCAGGUAGCGUGAAGCCGCUCGUGUUGUUCUUUGCGGUGAUGGGGCACAUCACGUGCAACAUGUACUACGCCACUCUCUUCCUGAAGGACGACGCGACGGCGCGGUUUCUGCGCCGCUUUGAGGAGCCGAGCCAAGACGGCACCGACUUCUUGAUCGCCCCCACCGAGCCGGGCAGGGAUGACGAGCUCCUGCAUUACUUCCUCUGGACCUUCUUCUUUAUCGACCUCCCGUACGCCGUGAUGCGGAUAGUCGCGCUCGUCGUCCACGGCAAAGACGUCUCCGCCUUCCUGGGAAAGAAUAUCAUGAUGAUGUUGGGCGUCGUGAUGCUGCUGAUGCGUGGACGCAGGCCGUAG